AUGGAAUAUACUGCGAAGAAAUUUCCAGAUUUGAAAAACGAUAGAUUGCUUCGCGCCGCACUUGGUCAAGAGGUUGAUAAAGUGCCAGUAUGGGUAAUGCGACAAGCCGGUAGAUAUUUACCGGAGUUUCAAGAGGUUAGAGCGAAACACGACUUUUUUACAGUUUGUAGGACACCCGAGCUAGCUUGUGAAGUAACUUUGCAACCAUUGCGAAGAUAUCCACAUUUGGAUGCUUCAAUUAUAUUUAGUGAUAUUCUGGUUAUACCACAAGCUUUGGGAAUGACUGUGGAAAUGCAUCCUGGAAAGGGGCCAGUCUUCCCACAACCACUUCAUGAUCCAUCAGAAAUUGAUCAAUUGCAAGAAGAAGGAGCUGUAUCUAGACUGUUGUAUGUUGGUAAAGCUAUUACAUUGACAAGGCAUAAAAUUGAAGGCAAGGUGCCUUUAAUAGGUUUUACAGGAGCCCCAUUUACCUUAAUGGGAUACAUGAUUGAAGGUGGAGGAAGCCCAACUAUGUCAAAAACUAAGGAAUGGUUAAGUAAAUUCCCUAAAGAUGUUCACAAACUUCUCAGAUUACUAACUAACGUCAUUAUCGACUAUUUAGUGAUGCAGGUUGAGAGUGGUGCACAGCUAUUGCAAGUUUUUGAAUCCAGUGCUGAUCACCUAACAAGGGAACAGUUCAUUGAGUUUUCUGCUCCAUACCUAAAAGAUAUUAGGAGUGGAGUUAAGGAAUCACUUAACAAAGAAUCAUUAGAACAAGUCCCAAUGACUGUGUUUGCUAAAGGUGGAGGUCAGUCAUUGGAUAUACAAUCUAAUUUAGGAUAUGAAACUAUUGGCCUAGAUUGGACUGUUGAUCCAGUUGAGGCUAGGAAGAUUGUCGGUGAGAACAUUACACUGCAGGGAAAUCUUGAUCCACAAGACUUGUAUAAAAGUCCAGAAGAAAUAAAGAAGUUGACAACUGAAAUGGCACAAAAGUUUGGCAAACACAGAUACAUUUGUAAUUUGGGUCAUGGAAUCACUCCAAAAACGCCUUUGGAGAGUAUGACAGCUUUUACAGAGGCUAUUCAUGAGGCUUUAUAA